AUGCCACCAGGAGUCCUGCUAAGCCGAAGGAGAGCCCGUGCCCUACACCAUGCCUGGCGGCCACGAGGACUCUUAGAGUUGGAGAAAUUCCGGUUCCUCUAUGCUUCUGUAGCCCUUCUCUUCUAUUUGAUUACAAUGCUUUUAUGUUGUCUGAUUGUGUAUGUAAUAUGGAUAGAGGUCAGCCUUCAUGAGCCUAUGUACAUCUUCAUAGGUAACUUGAUCUUCAAUGGUGUAUUUGGAAAUACAGUCAUUUUGCCCCCAUUUAUAAUCAGCUUGUUGAAUGGAUCCUCAACCAUCUCCUUUAAUGAAUGUCUAACGCAAGUAUUCUGUGUGCAAAGUUUUUCCACUGUGGAGAUUUUCACUUUUACCGCCAUGGCCUAUGACCGAUACUUGGCUGUAGGCUACCCACUGAGAUAUGCCACCCUAAUGACCAAUGAGAGGGCCCUGAAAUACAUAGCACUUAUCUAUAUUUCAGUCUUCGUACUCGUAGUUGUCCCGCUCAUCAUGACGGCCAACCUGACAUUCUGCGGGGUCAACAUUAAUAACAUUUUUUGCGACAACAUGUCCCUUGUCAGGCUGGCUUGUGGGAACUCAGCCAUGGUUAAUAAUAUUUUUGGCCUGGUCGAAACUCUGCUCGUCAUUUUCGGAACCUGUUUCGUCAUCGUAUAUUGCUACGUGAGGACGUUGUUGAUCUGUCUAAAGCUCUCCAAAGAGGCUUGCCUGAAGGCCAUGCACACGUUGUCCACGCACAUCAUCACUUUCUCUGUUUUCUUGACGGCCGCUUUGUUCGUGUUUUUAAGGUACCGCUUGAGCGGGGGGACGAUUACUGUCCCGGUUCAUGUUUUUAUUUCCAUCACUGGACUCCUCACGUCGGUUAUUGUGAACCCCAUCGUCUACGGCAUAAGGACCGAAGCACUAAAAUUAAAGAUACUCCGAAAUGUCCACAAACUGAGAUUCUGGAAAGAUGUUUCUGAGAUAAAAUAA